AUGGAGGCUGGUGAUGUCCUCGUAUUCACUGAGGCGUUGAUGCAUGGGACUUUACCGUGGAAAGGAACGCAUACGAGGAGAACUUUGCUGUUCCGCUUUGGACCUGCAACUUGUGCUUACGCCAGAGGGUAUCUCUGUAGUCCGGCUGAAAUCGCCAAGCUGAACUUAUCCGAAACCGCUAAGGAGAUGCUACUACCACCGUAUCACUCCCGUUAUGAUCGUGCUGUUGCUUCGCAGCGCUCAGAAGAACAGUUAGACUACGAUAGAAAACUAGUGCCGUCUUAUCUUGGUGAGCAGUGCUACCUGCUGUAUCUGUGCAUAAGGGCCAUUCUAGUGAAGGCUUCCGGUUAA